AUGAAUCUAGAGGAAACUAAGGAGCUAGAGAAGCAAGUGCGUGAACUCAUGGACAAAGGGUACAUCAGAGAGAGCCUCAGCCUGUGUGCGGUACCAGUUCUCUUGGUUCCAAAGAAGGAUGGCACAUGGAGGAUGUGUGUAUACUGCCGAGCAAUCAACAACAUCACCAUCAAAUAUCGACAUCCUAUCCCGAGGCUAGAUGACAUGUUGGACGAGUUAAGUGGUGCAAUCGUCUUCUCCAAAAUUGACUUGAGGAGCGGCUAUCACCAGGUCCGAAUGAGGGAAGGCGUCGAGUGGAAAACCGCAUUUAAAACCAAGCAAGGUCUCUAUGAGUGGCUUGUCAUGCCAUUUGGGUUAACCAACGCCCCAAGCACCUUCAUGCGACUAAUGAACCAGGUUUUGUAG